UUUCUUGAAGCUCAUUUUUGGGGUUUUGUAAAAUUUCCAAGUUAAAUCCUUUAUCUGCCGACCAGAGUGAAAGGAGCAGUCAUGGCGGCCUCUUACGACUAUGACGACGCGGCCGGGUACGACGACAAUGGCGGAGGUCACAGGCAGGAGCAGCAGGGGCAGGAUCAAGGGUAUGAUCCUAACUUUGUUCCGGACUCGGUGAAGACCUUCGUGGUUCAUCUUUACAGGCACAUCAGGGAGAAGAAUGUCUAUGAGAUUCAUCAGAUGUACGAGGGUUCGUUUCAGAAGCUUAGCGAUCGGAUGUUUAAGGAGAGUCCUUGGCCCUCAGUGGAUGCGGUCGCGCCCUACGUCGAUAACGACCACGUCUUCUGUUUGUUGUACAGGGAGAUGUGGUUUCGACAUCUCUACGCGAGGUUGUCACCUACGCUGAGGCAGAGAAUAGAUUCUUGGGAUAAUUACUGUAGUUUGUUCCAGGUUGUGUUGCAUGGUGUGGUCAAUAUGCAGUUGCCGAAUCAAUGGUUGUGGGAUAUGGUCGAUGAGUUUGUUUAUCAGUUCCAGUCUUUUUGCCAGUACCGAGCCAAGAUGAAGAACAAAACUGAGCAGGAGAUUGCACUUCUUAGGCAGUACGAUCAGGCUUGGAAUGUGUAUGGUGUGCUCAACUAUUUGCAAGCACUCGUGGAGAAGUCCAUGAUCAUCCAGAUCUUGGAGCAGGAGAAAGAAGGGUUGGAACAGUUCACUGCUACUGAUGGGUAUGAUUACAAUGGCGGAAGCAAUGUUUUGAAGGUGUUGGGUUAUUUCAGUAUGGUGGGUUUGCUGCGAGUUCAUUGUCUUCUUGGUGAUUAUCACACUGGUCUCAAGUGUUUGCUACCCAUUGACAUCAGUCAACCUGGUGUUUACACCAGUGUUAUUGGAAGCCACAUAACUACCAUAUACCAUUAUGGGUUUGCCAACCUUAUGUUGCGAAGGUAUGUUGAGGCAAUACGUGAAUUCAAUAAGAUUCUUUUGUACAUCUAUAAGACCAAGAAUUUUCAUCAGAAAUCCCCACAAUAUGAGCAGAUAUUGAAGAAGAAUGAGCAGAUGUAUGCCUUAUUGGCAAUUUGUCUCUCUUUGUGUCCCCAAGUGAAACUUGUUGAGGAGAAUGUAAACUCUCAAUUAAGGGAGAAGUACGGUGAGAAAAUGAUAAGGAUGCAGAGAUAUGAUGAUGAGGCAUAUUCCCUGUAUGAUGAGCUUUUCUCAUACGCAUGUCCCAAGUUCAUAACCCCAUCAGCUCCAAUUUAUGAAGAACCUCUAGUAAAUUACAACCAGGAUGCUUAUAGGCUUCAGUUGAAGCUGUUCCUUUAUGAAGUGAAGCAGCAGCAGUUAUUGUCUGGUGUUCGUACCUUCUUGAAACUGUACUCAACAAUUUCUAUUGGGAAGCUUGCUACUUAUAUGGAAGUGGAUGAGUCCACUCUCAGGACGAUCUUGAUGACUUACAAGCACAAGACGCAUGCUGUUGACAGUGAUGGAAAGAUUAUCUCCAAUGCGGAUGUGGAUUUCUACAUUAACGAUGACAUGCUUCAUGUUGUAGAAUCCAAAUCGUCAAAGCGUUAUGGUGACUACUUCAUACGCCAAAUUGUAAAGCUUGAAGAGAUGAUCAAUGAUAUGGACAGAGUAAAACUGGAGUGAAUCCUUCAUUUUCUUCAUCCACAUUCUGUCUGAGUCAUGGGGGGGUUUGUUUUGGUCUGGGAGAGAACAAACAAUUUUGUUAUUCUAUCAUCAUUACAUUGUAUUUGCCCCCCUUGCUUUAAACAAGUGAACUUAGGUAGGCUAAUGGAUGUAAUUUAUUUUAUUUUCUUGGGAUAUUCAUGGUAAUACAAAAACUGCU